AUGUUGACAGUCCUGAAUUUGGAAAAAAAAACGAUUUUUUUACUUUUACUCAGUCUCUUGUUCAAUACCGUUUAUGGAGGGUUCACGAAGUUGCUACCUCCAAGCCAAGACGAUUUCUACAGGGAACCACCAGGGUUUGAAGAUGCGCCACUUGGAGCGAUUUUAAAGAAACGGCCUACCCCAGCACACAUUCGAACAUUUGCCCUUCCCAUGAACCUCAAGAACUCGUGGCAAAUAAUGUUUAGGUCACUGAACUCAAUUGGUGACCCCAAUUAUAUCGUUGCUACUAUCAUGGAGCCGUAUAAUGCAGACCCUGAGAAGUUGAUCAGCUACCAGACGUUUGAAGACAGUGUGCACCAGGAUUGUGCAUCAUCGUAUGGUAUUCUUAAAGGAGCUGGAAUAAUUGAACAUCUUUUCACGGAGACGGAUAUCUCGUUUACAGUGUUGGCGCUACGCAAAGGUUACUAUGUUUUAGUUCCCGAUUACGAGGGCCCCAAAUCGGUGUUCACGGCAGCGAGACAAGCUGGAUAUGGAACAUUGGAUGCAAUCCGGGCCGCGUUGCAAUCUGAAAGUUUCACUGGAAUAAGCAAAAAUGCAAAAGUUGCCAUGUGGGGCUUUAGCGGUGGAGCCAUAGCAUCGGGGUGGGCCGCGGCGCUCCAGAGUCGCUACGCCCCCGAGCUCAGUCGAAAUUUGAUUGGAGCUGCUUUAGGAGGCGCUGUUAUGAAUCUUACUAGCAUGUUCAUCAGCAAUGACAAUCAAAUGCAUGCAAACUUGAUUCCCAGGGCCCUUAUCGGUUUGGCAAACGAAUACCCCGAGAUACAUGACCUUCUCGAGGCUUACGUUGACCCGAAACAAGUUGAUUUGUUUGGUAUGGCUCAUACGCUUUGCUUUUUCCCAGCAAUGGUGAAGUUUUUCGGAAGGUCCAUUUUAUCGGGGAAAAACCCAUUGUUCCCCAAUGGGUACCAGUUGUUGGCUGAGCCGCCAAUCGCAGAAGCGUUGCGAGACAACUCUUUGUUGUACAUGAACAAGACUUAUUUGCCCCAGAUUCCCGUCUUUUUUUACCAUGGCAGAUUGGAUCGAGUUGUGCCGAUUAUUGAUGUGAAAUUAACUGUCAAACAGUGGUGCAACUGGGGGAUCAAGUCGUUGGAAUUUACCGAGGAUAAAAUCAACGGCCACACGACGGAGAUUCCUUUUGGAGCGCAAGCAGCGUGGGCUUGGAUAGAGGCAAGGUUUGCGGGGAAAGCUCCCGUUAAGGGUUGUAAACAUACCAAGAGAUUGGGAAACCUCUUCUACCCAGGUGGAACCAAGAAUCUAAUCGGCUAUCUCAAAGGCAUGAAGGAAUCACUCACUUACAAGGAAUUAGGGGCAGAAAGGUUCUCAAAGGAGAUGUCAAUCUCCCCAUCGAAAUUGUACAAAAUUCUUGACGCACUUGUAAAAUUUUGA